AUGCUGCACUACGAAAAGACGCCUGUUAUGCCUUCUGAUCACCUUGCGAAUGCGCCUUCGACGCCAAUGCCCAAUUCUUCAUCUGCGAAUGCAACGAUUACUGCCAGCACGACUGCAGUGCCGCAACAUCGACACAUCUGGAUCAUCACAGGACCAGCAGGAUGUGGAAAGACGUCUGUAGCAGAAUACCUGUCCACGACCUUUGCUCUGCCCUACCUGGAAGGCGACAGCUUCCACCCACAAGCCAACAUCGAANAAAUGGCCAACAACAUCCCCCUCACCGACGCAGACCGCUGGGACUGGCUCAUCCUCCUCCGCGACCAAGCCGUUUCCGCCCUCUCCACCGGCGCAUCAGGUGUCGUCCUCACCUGCUCUGCUCUAAAACGCAAAUACCGUGACGUCAUCCGUGUAGCGUCCUACAACGACAAUAAUGUGCUAGUACACUUCAUCUAUCUGUCUGCGACUCAAGAGCUGCUGUUGCAGAGGGUGCAUGGUAGAGUGGGGCAUUAUAUGAAGGAUUCGAUGGUCAAGAGUCAGUUUGAGGCAUUGGAGCCGCCGACAACGGAUGAGAGGGAUGUCAUGAGUGUGGAUGUUAGUGGCGACUUUGCUAGUGUGCAGGCGUUGGCGGUUGAGGUUGUGAAUCAGGUCAUGGCGAGUGAUGCUGUUAUUGUUGAGCCUGUGCAGGCAUAG